GUUCUCGGCCCUUUUGGAUCUACACAGUGGAAGUUGCAUCUUGUGUAUGGCGUGGUUAAGCUUGCAGCCUCUCACCUCGGCCUUCCUCCAUUUUGGGCUGGUUACUUUUGUGCUGUUUUUGCAUGGUUUGCAGGUGGAUGCUGGCCUGACGGGAGACUCUACCAGUUCAGUACAAAACAGCUCGUGUUCAGGAUCUUUUGACUGCAAGGAAGGUGUUAUCCUGCCAAUAUGGUACCCAGAAAACCCAUCCCUUGGGGACAAAAUUGCUCGUGUUAUUGUAUACUUUGUAGCACUGAUCUACAUGUUCCUUGGAGUCUCCAUCAUUGCAGAUCGAUUCAUGGCAUCUAUAGAGGUCAUUACAUCACAAGAGAAAGAAAUCACGAUUAAGAAACCCAAUGGAGAGACCACAACAACAACCAUUCGGAUUUGGAAUGAAACUGUUUCCAACUUGACCCUCAUGGCUCUGGGCUCCUCCGCUCCUGAGAUCCUUCUGUCUCUGAUAGAAGUGUGUGGACAUGGAUUCAUAGCUGGAGACCUGGGGCCAUCUACAAUUGUUGGCAGUGCUGCCUUCAAUAUGUUUAUCAUCAUUGCCAUCUGUGUCUACGUGAUCCCUGAUGGGGAAACCAGAAAGAUAAAACACCUGAGAGUUUUCUUUGUCACAGCUGCAUGGAGCAUCUUUGCUUACAUCUGGUUGUACAUGAUCCUUGCUGUCUUCUCUCCAGGUGUGGUUCAGGUCUGGGAAGGUCUGCUCACGCUUUUCUUCUUUCCACUUUGUGUUCUUCUGGCUUGGAUAGCAGAUAGACGCCUGCUUUUCUAUAAGUAUAUGCACAAAAAGUACCGUACUGACAAGCACAGGGGCAUCAUCAUAGAAUCAGAAGGUGAUCACCCUAAGGGAAUUGAGAUGGAUGGCAAGAUGAUGAACUCCCACUUUCUGGAUGGAAACUUAGUGACUGUGGAGGGGAAAGAGGUAGAUGAAUCUCGCAAAGAGAUGAUCCGGAUCCUUAAAGAUCUGAAGCAAAAACACCCUGAAAAGGAUUUGGACCAGCUGGUAGAAAUGGCUAACUACUAUGCCUUGUCACAUCAGCAGAAGAGCAGAGCUUUUUAUCGCAUUCAGGCUACCAGAAUGAUGACAGGGGCUGGCAAUAUUCUGAAGAAGCAUGCAGCUGAGCAAGCCAAGAAGAGCACCAGCUUGCAUGAGGUGCGGCCGGAUGAGCCUGAGGAAUUCAUCUCCAAAAUUUAUUUUGACCCGUGUUCCUAUCAGUGUCUUGAGAACUGUGGUGCCGUUCUCCUGACUGUGGUUCGGAAAGGAGGGGAUGUGUCCAAGACCAUCUACGUAGACUAUAAAACCGAGGAUGGCUCUGCCAAUGCUGGUGCUGACUAUGAGUUCACAGAAGGGACUGUUGUCUUGAAAUCAGGGGAGACCCAGAAGGACUUUGCAGUGGGAAUUAUUGAUGAUGACAUCUUUGAGGAGGAUGAACAUUUCUUUGUGCGGCUCAGUAACCUCCGUGUGGUGGACAGUGAGGAACCUCCAGAGCUCGGUAACUGCCCAUACCCAAAGGCCAUACUGGCUUCUCCUUGUGUGGCCACAGUGACUAUCUUGGAUGAUGACCAUGCUGGCAUCUUCACAUUUGAGUGUGAUGUUAUACAUGUCAGCGAGAGCAUUGGUGUGAUGGAAGUCAAAGUCCUAAGGACAUCAGGUGCUCGGGGUACAGUCAUAGUGCCAUUUAGGACAGUAGAAGGGACAGCAAAAGGUGGUGGAGAAGACUUUGAAGACACUUAUGGGGAGUUGGAGUUCAAGAAUGAUGAAACUGUGUAAGUACCCUAUUCAUUCUUGUUCCUCAGUCUAGUUUUGGUGUUUAACCUCACAUUUUGCCCCUGUUACAGGUGAAUGCUGACAAGGGACAGGCUCCUUUCUUCAGCUUUCCUUCAAUUUCCCUACUUACCUCUUUCAGGCAAGAACCGACAGCAGGAUUUAAG